AUGGAGGAAACCGAACGGGCGGUGGCCAGCGGGUGCGAUGAGAAGAAAUUGGAUGCCAAUGUCAACUCUACAAUGGCUCCCACGCCGCGCGACGAGGAAGCUCGACCGGAAGUCUUCUCAUCCACUGUCCAAGAGAUCUUGUUUGUUUCCGUUGCGACAAUGGCGAUCGCUAUGUCGUCCCUUCUCACGGGAGCCAUUACCGUGCUCACAUCGCAAGUUCAGAGGGACCUGAAUAUGACCACCGCGGAGCUAACGUGGCUGACUGCUUCAUCUUCUCUGGCUUCUGGGUCCUUUCUCUUAUUCUUUGGUCGCUUGGCGGAUCUAUUUGGCCGGAAGACACUCUUCAUCGGGGGUAUGGCUCUCUUCGCCGUUUUCGCUUUGGCCGCUGGCUUCUCCAAAACGCCCAUACAAGUCGACAUUCUCAACGGCGUCAUGGGCCUGAUGUCGGCUGUCUCCGUUCCACCGGCGCAGGGUAUGCUCGCCAACAUCUACGAGAAACCGUCGAAAAGGAAGAACAAGGUCUUUGCCUGCUUCAGUGCCGGCAACCCCAUGGGAUUCGUGUUCGGAAGCAUAUUUUCCGGCAUCGCCACGCAACUAUUCAACUGGAGAGCCAGUUUCUUCUUACUAGCCAUCAUCUACGUCGUCAUUGUCGCCAUCUCAUUGUUCACCGUCCCGCCCGACCACUCGGCUAAAGAAAAGGUAUCCGUUCAAGCCAUCGAGAAAUUCGACGUCCUCGGCACCAUCCUGACCAUUGCGGGCAUCGGGUUGUUCUCCGGUGCACUGAGUCUCGGUUCGGACGCCCCCCAAGGCUGGAAGACCCCGUACGUCCUCGUCUGCCUCAUCCUCGGCGCCCUCCUGAUCAUCGCCUUCGUGUUCUGGGAGUGCUGGUACUCCUAUCCCCUCAUCCCCAUGUCCAUCUGGCGUGACCGCGACUUCUCGCUGGUCAUCGUGGUCCUUCUUCUCGGUUUCCUCGCCUUCCCGAUCAUGGUAUUCUGGGUCUCCCUUUUCAUGCAGGAGGUCAAGCACUACUCCGCGCUCCCCGUCGCCGUGCACAUGCUGCCCAUGGCCAUUGGGGGCAUCAUCGUCAACAUCAUCGCGGGGCUCGUCAUGCAUCGCGUGCCCAACAAUCUCCUCAUGCUCAUUGGCGCGAGCGCCUACGUUGGAUCCUUCCUUCUCAUCGGCCUCCAGCAUUCAGACAGCAGCUACUGGGCCUUCAUCUUCCCGGGUUUGCUCCUCGCGGUGGUUGGGGCGGACUUCGAGUUCUGCGUGGCGAACAUGUACGUCAUGAGCUCCCUCCCAGCGGAGCAACAGAGUAUCGCGGGCGGGAUCUUCCAGACGGUGACGAAGCUAUGCGUGGCCAUCGGCAUGGGAAUCAGUACCGCCAUUUUCGAUGCAGUGAAGACGAAUGGGACGGCAACGAGCGGGUACUUCAAGGGUGACCCGAUUGAGCCAUAUAGCGCUGCGUUCUUGUACUGUGCGGGUAUUGCGGCGCUUGGCAUUCCACUGUGUGCGUUCUUGAGGAUUGGAGCACAGGGGCACGGUGGAGAUGGGAAGAAGAUGAGGGAUGACGAGAAGGUCUGA